AUGGACGAGGUGCACAAGGGAACGCAAGGCGAUUCUACUGUCAACUGGGACGCGCUCUUCCAAGCCUCGUGCCAGAAGAAGGCGUGUGCGAUCCAGUGGUGUCUCGCGCGCAACGACUACCAGGAGAAGCGCUGCAAGUUGGAGCUGGACGCCUACAAGGCCUGCUGCGCCCAAGUCAAGGCCGACCAUCUUGCUGCGCAGGAGCGCAGCGGAGCGUAG